ACAGCUGCGGAUGGAGCCGGACAGAAGGGGUCCAGUCCCUUUUGAAUCUAUUUUAUUUCAUUUGUGGCCCUUGUUUAAGCUACUGCUGAGGUGAUGAGAUUUCUUGCUUUUCUUGCUCUAGUCUUGAUCCUUCACAAGGUACCUGGAUGGCCCGCAGAUCCCCCUCUGGAGGGUCGCCUUUGGCUGUGGGGUUCCGACUCGGGUCUUCAGGAGGAGCAGGGGAGGCUGAUUCGCUUGACGGGGCCGUCAACCCUGUCUCCUGAUAAUUACGAGAGUAAAUUAUGCCAGGGCCACGCCGUCACGUUGCGAUAUGCACCUUGAAUGCCGGCGCCAACGGUGAUAGAGCGGGGGGACAGUGGACGCAGGCGAGAGGUCGAAUCGUUGAUACACCGUGGUUUCUGCAUGCAUCAAGUCGGCACUUGCGACUCUAUCCUGGCACCAGGGGAUGAUCGAUGCCUAAAGCAUAGGGCCAUUGCGGGGAAGACUGGGGUUCCAGAACCAGACUACAGAGCAGGAUUAGAC